UAUAUGGGCGCUUGCCGGGCAAAGGGUGGAUCUCUCGACGCCGGAAGCGCUCUUGAUCUCCUCGCCUAGCAGGAACAUCCUAUCCACUAUGGCCCCUGUCGCUACAACCGACUCUGCGCCCUCGACGACGGCGACCUCUAACGGUAUCGCCCAGCGCAAGGCAGAGGCGCAGGCGCUCAUCAACCCCUUCUACACGCCGACUCUGGAGUCGGACGAUAAGGACGAUGACUACCCAUACGCGGAGUUCAAGCCUUACUUCCCGAAGGUCCACUGGGAUCCUCUCGAGGACUUCGCCGUCACGGAUCGCGCAUUGCGAGCGGACCCGUCGAAGAAGAACCUGCUGAGCGCGGCGUCGAAGGUCAAGCACCUUACGCCAGCGAUUGGUACGGUUCUCAAGGGCAUUGACCUGCGCCAGUUGAGCGACACGCAGAAGGAUGAACUUGCUCUCCUUGUCGCGGAGCGCGGCGUUGUUUUCUUCCGCGACCAAGAGAUCGACGUUCACGGCCAGCUCGACCUCGCGCGCUACUGGGGCAAGCUGCAUAAGCAUGCAACCACCCCCAUUCCCCGCAACGGACUGGAGGAAGUGCAUGUCGUCUACAACGACCACAGCCGCCGUCCCGACCCGCAGGCGUUCUCGAAGCUGCAACUCUGGCACUCCGAUGUCUCCUACGAGCGUCAGCCCCCAAGCACGACCUCGCUCAAGGUCAUCAGCGGCCCGGAGUACGGCGGCGACACGCACUGGAGCUCGGGCUACGCCGUCUACUCCUCCUUGAGCCCGGGCUUCCAGAAGUACCUCGAGGGCCUCACUGCGCUGCACAGCGCUGUCGCUCAGGCCGAUGGAGCUCGUGCUGCGGGCUUGCCCGUCCGCCGCGACCCCAUUGAGACCAUCCACCCCGUCGUCCGCGUGCAUCCUGUCACCGGGUGGAAGAGCGUCUACGUGAACCAUGGCUUCACUCGCCGCAUCAUCGGCGUCCCGAAGGCGGAAUCGGACGCCAUCCUCCAGUUCCUCUUCCACCAGUUCGCCGAGAACCCCGACUUUCAGGCGCGUUUCCACUGGAAGCCGAACUCGAUUGCGAUCUGGGACAACAGGGUCGUCAACCACAGCGCGACGUUCGACUUCUGGCCGGCGCGUCGCCAUGCCCUGCGCGCAACGCCGCACGGCGAGCGCCCGCUCUCGGUCGAGGAGUUCGAGAAGCAGACGGGCCGGCAGGCGAAGGAUCGCCUUGUCGACCUGCAGUUGUCGAAUGGGGUGGCGGGCGACUCGGGCAGUGGGCCGAAGCAGUACAACGAUUGAGGUGGAGGGGCUUGGAGUCGAAGAUGUACGCUGGAUGUGAGCUGUAAGAUUAUGUUGUAGGCCUGACUGUGGAAAUAUGUAACAGAAGUGGAUCUCACCAUACUCCACAGGGCUCCGCGUCCUCUCCGUGAGCGAGUUCCGAGUCCUUGGCUACUCUCUCUGGGCAUAAACAUUGAGCAUGUCCUGACACACGGUGUAACAUAUUAUGACUGAGCCAUGGUCGAC